GCAGCUCGGACUGCUGUGCCUUUAAGAUUUUAUAUGUAUCGAAACUAAAGGGGAAAAAAAAACCUCACACACAAACACACACUCACACAAACACACACAACCCUUCGCAGUGUCAAUGUGCGCGCGAUGAAUUUAUUCGACAUGGUUUUGUUUAAACUCUUGGUGUUGUUGUACUGCCUGAGCGACUCAAUAGGUCAGUAUGAGAAUCGCCUAAACAAGUACAUUCGGCAUUUCGAGGGUUUGUCCUACGACACAAACAUCCUUCACAGCAAACACCAGAGAGCAAAAAGAGCAGUGUCUCACGAGGACAAGUUCGUCCAUCUGGAGUUCCAUGCUCAUGGCAGACAUUUUAACCUGCGUAUGAGGAGGGACACUUCUCUGUUUGCCCCAGACCUGAAGGUUGAGAUCUCUGGACAGGAGACGCUGGUCGACACCUCACAUAUUUACAGCGGAGAGCUCUUUGGAGAGAAAGGCACUCUGACGCACGGUUCUAUUGUGGAUGGAAAGUUUGAGGGCUUCAUUCAGAGUCAUGCUGGAAUGUACUACGUGGAACCGGCUGAGCGAUACCUCAAAGAGCGAAAAGUUCCCUAUCACUCAGUCAUCUACCAUGAGGAUGACAUCGAUUACCCUCACAAGUACGGCCGAGAGGGAGGCUGUGCGGAUCACUCCGUCUUCGAGAAGAUGAAGAAUUUCCAGGCGUCUGCUGUGGAGACUCCUGGUGAGGAAAAGAACAGACAGCCUGCAACGGAUGAGGAGAAGAAGACAGACGGGCCGGUGAUCCUGAGGAAGCGCAGAGCCGCUCAAGCUGAGAAAAACACCUGCCAGUUAUUCAUCCAAACAGACCACCUCUUCUUUCAGUUCUACCGUACUAGAGAGGCUGUCAUCGCUCAGAUCUCCAGUCACGUGAAGGCCAUCGACUCGAUCUAUCAGUCCACAGACUUCCAGGGUAUCCGCAACAUCAGCUUUAUGGUCAAGAGGAUCAGGAUUAACACCACAAGCGACGAGACAGAAAAAACGAACCCUUUCCGUUUUGCCAACAUCGGUGUAGAGAAGUUUCUGGAGCUGAAUUCAGAACAGAACCAUGACGAAUUCUGCCUGGCUUACGUCUUCACUGACAGAGACUUUGAUGAUGGAGUGCUGGGAUUAGCCUGGGUUGGAGCUCCAUCAGGAAGCUCUGGUGGGAUUUGUGAGAAGAGUAAGCUCUACUCAGAUGGCAAAAAGAAGUCUCUUAACACUGGCAUCAUCACCGUUCAGAACUACGGCAGUCACGUCCCUCCUAAAGUGUCCCACAUCACCUUUGCCCAUGAGGUCGGACACAACUUCGGCUCGCCACAUGACUCAGGCAGUGAGUGUACUCCUGGAGAGUCGAAGGUUUCUGACAUGAAGGAGCGAGGCAACUACAUCAUGUAUGCCAGAGCCACAUCUGGAGACAAGUUAAACAACAACAAAUUCUCCAUCUGCAGCAUCCGCAACAUCAGCCAGGUGUUGGAUAAGAAGAGAUACCUGUGUUUUGUCGAGUCUGGGCAGCCCAUCUGUGGAAAUGGUAUGGUGGAGACUGGAGAACAGUGUGAUUGUGGAUACAGUGAUCAGUGUAAAGACACUUGCUGCUUCAGUGCCAAUGAGCCAGAUGGCAAGAAGUGCACACUGAAGCCUGGGGCCAAGUGCAGUCCCAGUCAGGGCCCGUGCUGUACAGCACAGUGCGAUUUUAAGGGCCGUGAUGAGAAGUGCAGGGUCGAGUCUGAUUGCUCAUAUCAGGGCAUGUGCAGUGGUACCACAGCACAGUGUCCCAUCUCUACACCAAAGAACAACUUAACAGCGUGCAAUGGAGAAACACAAGUCUGCAUUAAUGGGGCCUGCACUGGCUCUAUUUGUGAGCGUUUUAACCUGGAGGUCUGCACAUGUGCCAGUGAAGAUGGGAAAGAUGAGACAGAGUUAUGCCAUGUUUGCUGCAUGCAGAAAAAUCAGCCCAACACGUGCAAAAGUACAGCCUCAGAUGUAUGGGAAGAGUUUUUCAAAAAGAAGGUUCGCACCCUGCAGCCUGGAUCUCCUUGUAAUGACUUUAAAGGCUACUGCGACGUGUUUAUGAAAUGUAGGCUGGUCGACGCUGACGGGCCACUGGCCAGACUCAAGAAGGCUAUCUUUAACCCUGAGCUUUACGAGACCAUUGCUGAGUGGAUUGUGGCUUAUUGGUGGGCUGUGCUGUUGAUGGGUAUUGCUCUCAUCAUGUUGAUGGCUGGGUUCAUUAAGAUCUGCAGUGUUCACACGCCAAGCAGCAACCCCAAACUACCCCCACCAAAGCCACUGCCAGGUACACUGAAGAGGAGGAGAGCUCAGGCUCAAAGUUCUCAGCCUCAGCCUCAGCCACAGCGUGCACAUCAGCGCCAGCCCAGAGAGAACUAUCAGAUGGGCCAGAUGCGCCGCUGAGCUCCUCAAUCUGCCUUGGUUCUUCCUAGUGCCUACAACAGGAAACACUUUACUCCAAAGAGUUACUGAACCAAUCAGUUAACCCCAUCUACAGACUUACAGAGCUUACAAAAGGAAACAGAUUCCCCACAGCAAACAUCAAUGGAACUGCUCCAUAAAGCAGUGAUGCUGAUCUAACACUGAAGAAAGACCAGAUGAGGAAAAGAGAGAAUCAUUGCUUUGUGUACUUAUAAGGAUAUCAUUUUUUUUUGUUUGGUUUUCACCCCUAAUUUUCUCUUCCAUCUCUCUCUAAGCAGAGUGCUUCAACAACCUUGUCUCUCUCGACAUGUAAUUCUCUCUUUUUUUUCCCUCCAUUUAUAUUUUCCUUCAAACACUGCCAUCCUGCUCAGAAUGACAUGAUGGGGAAAUGCAGAGGUUCUACAAGGCAACGCAGUUUGAGCAACAGCUCCUUCUGCAUAGACUCUGUUGCCAAUGUGAUUAAAAUGGAGGGUGAAAGUAUCUGAAAUGCAAGCUUUUUUAAAGAUCUCUCUUUCUUUCUCUCUUUCUUUUCAGUUGUACAGUUUUUCACAAAUGCUUUUUUUUUCCCUUAGUGCAUCUUCUUAUUGUGUUUUUCCUUUGAUGAAUACAAGAUAUUUACUGUUUUGACUGACACUCAGGACAAAUUAAUAAGCCUAAAUCAUUGUGUGUCAGAGAGGUGAAUGUCAAAUGCCUGAUGAUUCUUGGUGAUGUGGGGCUUUUUUAUCGUUUAUUUUUACGCUGACAAAGACUGAGACUGAGUAUUCUUGUUAUUCUAAUCUCAUGCACUGCUUGCAGAUGAGUUGCUGAAUAGAUUAAAUUUGUGGAAUUGAAAAAUUCCUGCGUAAAGGAGCAAGAGAUAAAAUUAGACUUGUGAUUGUUUUACCUUUUGGUGAAUGGCCUUAUUUCACAUACAUUCAGCUAUGAAAGAUUGUGAGAAGUGUGUGGUUUGUGUAUUUUUUUUCUUCCCCAUGUCAUAUGGAGUGUUGAAUUCGUAACAGCUAUCAGCUAUUCGUAACAGCUAUUGAUCUGAGAACAGCUACCAAUGCAAAGAGCUGUUGGGAGACUUUAGGAGGGAACUAGAGGAACAUAUUGUUCAUGGCUUCUACAUAACCAUUUGACAUAUCAAAGCGAAUACAGAAAGUAUAUUCAGGAAAUAAACCAAGCAGGACCUGCAAAACACAUGUUAAUAGUGGAACUGUAUUUAAAAUAUACUUUUCUCCUUGUUAAAAAGUAAUGGCAUCUAAAUCUUAUUAUAUAGACCAUGUGCAGAUGAUGAUCUGUAACCACUUUCUAUGGUGCCUGAUGAGCAGCAGGACAAAUUUGUGCCAGCCUUCUAUCGGGUCAAAUACUCAUCUGCUGUGUUGAUUUUCCGAGGCACUUAUUUGAGCAGAAAUUACUCAUCUCAGAGAGGUUGGACUUUCAGGCAGUAAUUAAAGCUACGCUAAUUUAGCUCUUUUGUUUAAUAUUCAGCAUUUUCCUUUUGCUGAUGCAGAUCCUGCGUACCAAAAUAACGUCACAUUCUAUUCCGUCUACAAUAGAACUUUGCAUUACGGAUUUAAAACAAAAUGCAAGAUCCAAUAUCCAAUGAAACACUUUUCCUUUAUGGAAUUUGGCCCAUAUGAUACAUUUGUCAGCUGUUUACAGAUAUUGUAAUGGUUUAGAGCGCUGUUGAAAAGAGCAUUGUAGCAGUGUGUAGUCGUCACUCACAAAUCUACUGCCCACCAAUAUCCUCCCUUAUGGAACUGUUUAUUAGUGGACAGGCCAUGUCGUCUAAUCGGAAAUAAUUGUUUAUUAGGAAAGUGAAGUAUGCCCUUAUUCUAAUCAAGUGUUGCCGAAACAGUGGUUGGUGGUAGUGUUUUGCUUUGAAUAUAGAGGCUCAGAAUUUUCCGAUUCAUUCUUGUUUUUCUGUGGUAAAGUUCUAUGUCUUGGGGGUAUUCGGGACAGCACUUUUAAUUCAAACGCUUUUUUCAGGUCUUGCUUUAAAGGUGUAAGAGGAAUGUGCACUGAUAUAGAUGUAAAAUGUGUGGAGUUUGAAGAUGGGGAAAUAUGUCUAAUACUACUGUUUGAUUUUAAUGACCGCUGUGCUUUAUACAGCACCCUUUCAUUUUUCUUUUUCAUUAUUCAGAAUUUCUUUUGCCUUUUUCCUUUCGUUUGCGUGCAAUUUCAAAACUUUUUAAUAAAAAUGCAAAAAGUAUUGUGCAAAGAUAUGUAAUUUUUUUUGAAGUACUUGAAAAUGUAUUAAUACAAAUAAAGAAUUUGGUCAAUUUCUCAA